AUAUGCAUUGUCUUCCGUGUCUUAACAUAUCAGAAAAAGAAAGGCUCACCCGGCCAGACGAUCCAUUCCAUAGCUAGCCAGAAGAGCAAGGAAAAGAUCAAAGCAGAAACAGUACACACUUCUUUGAAACCCAAAUGUCAACCACUAAACCUCAUCAUGAUGCAGAAUCUGAUGGCCAACUAGUUGAGCAGGCCGACCAGACUACUAUAUUUUAUCCAAGAGGACUCAAUAUUGUGUGGGGCAGUGACCCCCGCUACUGGCGCUUACCUUCUGAUCAGGACAAGACAGGGCCUGUUGAUUUGGUACAGGUAUCAUGGCUGGAGGUAACCGGUUCACGCGAGAUGAAGCCUUCAACGACGUACGAAAUAGGGUUCAAGAUCUCAUUGACACAAGAAGCUUUUGGUUGGAAUGGGAGCAAGGUUUACGUGAUGGCCAAGCUAGGGCGAAGGGGAAAGUACAGUUGGAAAAGAGCAAGCCUGGAUGCUUUCUCAAGUGGGACACAAAAGGAAAUUCCUCAAGAUAGUGACAAACUCAAAAUCACUACCACUUCUAAUGAAGCCACCAUCUACUUUGGUAUGUAUGAAGUCUGGAGCGGCAAAUGGAAGGGAGGUCUCAGAAUUCACCAUGCUUACAUCAGAGAAGCUAACUGAUCUAUAUCCGAUCCACUUUACAAUGCCAGAACAUGAUGGCCAUUAUAUACCUGCAUGCGCGAAUACCUAUCUAUCUAUAUAUCUUUAUUAUUAUUAUUAUUAUCUAUAUAAAUAUAUAUAUCAUGUACUGAUCAAUAGUGAGUGUUAUAUACAAUAAUUGUUAUUGAAAUAAUACGACGAUGAUCAGGCUUAUUAUAAAUAUACAAUAAGCCUACCAAAUCAAAGACAAUUAUUAUUAAUUUCUGUGUGUUUAAUUAUAUAUAUGAAUGAUCAUUUAUAAUUUUUA